AUGGUAAAUGAUUUUUGGAUGCAUAUGGGUUUUUCUAGUAGUGCGGAAUUCUUACCAUCAGGAUGCCUAUCUGAUCACUCACCUUGUAUUGUUUCUAUUUUUACAUGUGAUGAGGUCAAGAAGAAACCGUUCAAAUUCUUCAAUAUGUGGACUAAGCACAAGAAGUUCCAUGAGACCGUGCUAAGCACUUGGAAUCUAUAUAUUCGGGGCACUAAGCAAUUCUCUCUUUGCAAGAAGUUGCAACGUCUCAAAGGAGUGCUUAAAGAGUUAAAUGUUAAACACUUUGGUCAUAUUUCAUCAAGGGCCGAGGUAGCAAAAAAGGCCUUGGUGGAAUCCCAGCUUGUCCUGCAUGAUGAUCCCACCAAUUUACAUCUACAAAAUGAGGUUGCUCGAUUGAGGAAAGAGGCCAUAAAUCUUAGUGAAGCAGAAAGAAGUUUCUACUUCCAACAAGCGAAGUGUGCAUAUUUGAAGAAUAGUGAUAAAUGCACAAAGUUUUUCCACUCGAUUGUGAAGAGAAACAAUAAAAGGAACUUUAUUGCAGUUGUACUUAAAAGGGAUGGUUCUUAUACCUCUUCGCAAAAACAGGUGGCUGAUGAGUUUGUUCAUCUCUACAGUGAAUUGUUUGGACGGGACAAUGAGGAGCUCGCCACUUCACUUACUAGGGAUGUUUCUGAACAAGAAAUUAAGGAUGCCCUUUUUAGCAUUGGAGAUGAUAAAUCGCCCGGACCGGAUGGUUAUACAUCUUGUUUCUUCAAGGAGGCAUGGGAUAUUGUUGGUAAUGAUUUUAUGGAAGCAAUUUAUGAAUUUUUUGCUUCUAGGUCUCUCCUUAAGCAAACGAACCAUACCAUUAUUGCUUUGAUUCCUAAGACUAACCAUGCUACUUCGGUGAAUGACUAUCGGCCGAUCGCUUGUUGUAAUGUUUUCUACAAAGUGAUCACUAAGAUACUGGCUUCUCGAUUGGGGCCAACACUUGGGUCCAUCAUUGAUCAAGCCCAAGCUGCCUUUAUAGAAGGUAGAAGCAUGGUAGAGAAUAUUCAUCUUGUUCAAGAGCUUGUGAGGAAAUAUAAUUGA